UCUGUUCGGGCGUUCCUGGGUAUGGCCAGUCCCGCGGGGGUCGGGGCUGCGGUCGCGGGCGCAGCCGUUGUCACGCUUCUUUCCGCCGCGCUAGCGCUCUACGGGCCGCCGCUGGAAGCAGUUUUAAAAAGAGCAUUUUUGCUGCAUAAAGCACAUUCGAUAAAGGAUAUGGAAAAUACUUUUCAGUUGGUUAGAAAUAUUAUACCUCCUCUAACUGCAAAGAAGCACAAAGGACAAGAUGGAAGAAUAGGCAUAGUUGGAGGCUGCCAAGAGUACACUGGAGCCCCUUAUUUUGCAGCAAUUUCAGCUCUCAAAGUGGGUGCAGAUUUAUCCCAUGUGUUCUGUACCCGGGAGGCCGCACCUGUGAUCAAGUCCUACAGCCCGGAGCUGAUUGUUCACCCAGUUCUCGACAGCCCUGAUGCCGUUGGUGAAGUGGGAAAGUGGUUGCCCCGACUGCAUGCCCUUGUCGUAGGCCCUGGCUUAGGCAGAGAGGACGCUCUUCUUGAAAACGUCAAGGGCAUUUUAGAAGCUUCAAAGGCCAGAGCCAUCCCCAUCGUCAUUGAUGCAGAUGGGCUGUGGCUGAUCGCUCAGCAGCCGACCCUCAUCCAAGGCUACCAGAAAGCCGUUCUCACACCCAACCAAAUGGAGUUCAUCAGACUCUGUGAAGCUGUGCUGAGGGACCCUGUGGAUGGCAGUGAUCGCCGUGGAGCUGUGCUGAGACUCAGCCAGGCCCUGGGGAAUGUGACUGUGGUCCAGAAAGGGGAGCAGGACGUGAUCUCUGAUGGCAAACAGGUGCUCGAGUGCAGCUUGCAGGGCAGUAACCGCCGGUGUGGCGGGCAAGGAGACCUCCUGUCUGGCGCCCUGGGCGUUCUGGUGCACUGGGCUCUCCACGCCGGACCCGAGAAGACAAAUGGUUUCAGCCCUCUCCUCGUGGCUGCCUUUGGUGCGUGUUCCCUCACGAGACAGUGCAACUACCAAGCCUUCCAGAAGCACGGCCGCUCCACCACCACCACCACCAUGAUUGCAGAGAUUGGACCUGCAUUCAGCAAACUCUUUGAAACUUGAGCCGCUGCAAACAGGAAGAAAGUGGGCACCGCGAUGGAAGAAAAUGUAUUCUUUGUGGGAAGACCCACGUCCAAUGUGUCUGAACCCCUGGGUACCGGAGCAGCAUGACUGUUUGGGAGUCUAGGGUACAUGGGUUGAUGUAGAGAAUUAAAAAAUUUGUAAUGCAGCACUUUUUGGCUAAAUACGCAUUUUUGAAAUGUUAUAAUGACACUAAACAAAGUACUCCUGAACUGUUCUUAACUUCUGAACAAUAAUGAAAAAAAUGGAGAAUCGUUUGAGAAUGAGGAAACCUUUAACCAGCUCUACCAAAUUUGUGGGCUUGUUCCAAGAUUGCAGAAUUGUUGUAGUUUCUCUGAGCUUGCUUAUUCUCAUGCCCUCUCCCAAGGCACUUCAUGUUUCUUUUACUUAUGCAGGAAGUUCCUCUUAUUAGACAGUUCUUUCAAAGGGAUCCAGUUGGUCAUGUCCGAACAUCUUUUGAGAAUAAUGAGUUUUGCUUCUUUUUUAAGAAUUGAGAUACACCAAAAAAUAUGGCAUUUGUUCUUUAGCUCACUUUUCUUGUUUAAACAGUGAUUAUGUUGGAAAGGUCUAGGCAGAAAUACUAAGCAUUGGUUAUUUUGGUUAUUUGGUUAUAAAGUAUUUAGAAUAAUCAGUGAUCAGUUUGACCUUGGAAAUCUUUUUGGAAGCACCAUGGGAAGAUCUGAGGAGGAAACUUGAUGGACCACUGAUACCUGAGUGCACACAGGUCGGGGCUCUGAAGUACUGUGUGUCUUAUACUUUCAUGUGCCCAUGCCUGUGCACACAAGUGCAUGAGGCGGCUGAUGAGGCCCGGCAGAGGGUGCCUGAGCGGGAGGGAUGCCCACUGGUGUGCUGUGUUGGAAGGAAGCCUGCAGGAUGCUGGCUGUGGUGGUGGGCGGUGCUGGGAGGGCCCUGGGGGAACUGAACAGAGCAGAACAGUUGUCCUUGUUUGAAAAUGGGUGGGUGUGUACUUAGGAAGAUUUAGAUUCCAUUAAAGAAGUUGAUACUUCUGAAGUAGUUGUAAAUGAGAUGUUUUAUUACCUUGUUAGCCUCUGGUUCACUUUUAUUUGGUCAUAUGGGUUUUUUUUUUUUCAGUAGCCCGAGAGUGACUUGUUUUCUGUCAUUUCUCCAUGGGGUGUGAUUGCUAAUACAUGCAUUCUAGUGUACAGUUCCUCCAGAAGUCUGUCUGCCCUUGAUGCCCAUGCUCGGACACAGCUCUGUGGCUCAGACACGUCACCCCAUGGGUCCCGCUUCAUUUAAACCAGUCAUGAACUUUUAAGAUUUCUUAAAAGAUACACACCACUAUUGCUUCACAGCAAACUCAGGAAGUUUUGCUGUCUACAUGUGAACUUCUCCAGAAAAACUCAUGACAUUUUUCCUUUGGGGAAUUAUGUCUAAAUCCUGGUGACAUAAAAGGCAGACCUGGUUCAUUUCAAUGUAGAGCUUUACAUUUUUUCCUUAAAUAGCCAAAGCCCAUCUUUCCAAUUCUCUAAGUUGAGGAUAUUGUCAGGUACUAGGAAGAUAAAAAUGUAUAAGCUUAUCUAAUGUGUUUUUUUUUUUUUACCAGUGUUUACCAAUAUUAUUAAAGUGAAGUCAUUUGAAGAAUAAGCCUGGAAUGUUUCCAUUUCUUUCCCUUACAUAGAAAAUUCAACAGCCACGGGAACUAUUCUUGUGCAUUUGUUACUUAAGUAGCCAGGGACCAAUACUGUUUUAAAUGAAGUUUUGUAAUUGUUUCCUUGUAUUUUUUAGUAAACCCAAGAGUACCCACUAGUUUAGCUAAGCGCACUGUCUUACUGGGACCAGGAGAGCUGGGUCCCUGAGACCAGGAUGGCAGCAGGAAGUACUGGGUGGGCCAGUUAGGCAUCACGGGACAGGCUGCUUGCCCUGUCCUGAAUCGACCCUAUUUGUAUAUUGCCUUGUAAAGGACCUGCCUGCCAUAUGGGGUCUUCAGUCCACCAUGUGCUAAUUGGGUCACUUUUAACAAGUCAGCUUCCAAACGAGUGUCCUUAUCAGUAGACUAGGAACACCAACGGCUUCGAGGGUCAUGAAGGUCAAUGACAAAGUGAAUUUAGCUGCCAAGCCACACCAAGCUAUCUACAACUGUGCCCAGAAUGAGCUUACCUUCUGCCUGAGGCUGUACCUGGCCAGGACUUGAAAGCUGGGGGAGUCUGCAAGAGGGUCACCCUCUAUCCUAGUUCACGGAACAGCUAUAGCUCCCCACCUGCGGCAGAAAGGUGAGGGGACCAAGUUGGCUCAGUCCAAGGUUGUCCGCCAUGCAUCCUCCUGUGCACUUGGCCUCCUGUCAUACCCCCAUGUCUUGCUUGCACCCCUGCCAUUUCAACUCCUCCAGAAUGACCAUUCCUUAGUUCAUCACUGCCCGGCACUUGAGGUCCAGGCAGCACAGCCAGAUACCCCCAAGGUCUCCAUGGAAUAAGGGAGCUUAUUCCAUGUCCUGGAAUAAUUCCAUGUGCUGGAAGCUGCUGCCCUGCUGUCCCCAUUCACAGGUCCCGUGUGAUGUCUUCUGGGACUCCCAUUUACGACUUACAUCCUGGGUGCUGGGCUCAUGGACACCGGUUGGCUGGGUUAUAUCACAGAUGCUAUUGGCUGAUUAAACUGCACUUGAGUCUGUAGCUGUUGGUACCAUGAAGAAAUCUAUUUUUUAGCCCUGUCUGGUGUGGCUUAGUGGAUUGAGCGCUGGGUUACAGGCCAGGUCUCCAGCAGGAGGCUUGUGAGAGGCAACUGAUUGAUAUAUCUCUUGCACAUUGAUGUUUCUCUCCCCUCUUUCUUCCUCCCUUCCCUCCUCUCUCAAAAUAAAUAAAGGGUUUUUUGAAAUCCAUUUUUUAGCCAUAGUAACACCAAUGGAAUGGUAUCAGUUUGAUUUAUU